AUGGGGAGGAUACAUGCCAGUCUUUCAGAUGGAACUGUUGUCACAGAUGUUGAGGCAUUUAGAAAACUGUACGAGGAAGUAGGACUUGGAUGGGUUUAUGUUGUUACUAUGUAUGAGCCUGUAGCUACCAUGGCAAAUGCAGUAUAUGGUGUGUGGGCGAAAUACCGUAUGCAAAUUACAGGUCGACCUCCACUAGAAGAGAUUAUGGCAUCCCGAAAAGCUGCAGGCGAAUGUAAAGAUGACAAAGUAUGCAAGAUGUGA